AUAUAAUGUUAAGGCCUUCUACACCACUGAUUGUUUAGAAGUUAGUAAGAGGCUUUGGUAAACUAUUGCUGGGUUGCAAUGAGUGGCUUAAGGCCUGAGUCUCAUGUAGCACAGCAAUUUAGGCGUGAGAAACUGAGAAUCCAGAACAUUUCCCAUCAUUAUCAAGACUUCCCUCACAAUCUGGAACAUUUGUCUUCACACCAAGGGUUCAACAUGGAUCUUCUUCAGGUCAGAAAUGUUAGAAAUGCCAACAACAUGCUUGAUGAACCGGCUGCAAUUUAUUCAUCAGAAAUUCCCAACUUCUCCUUCACUUCAAAUCCUUCUCCAAGGUUGGAGUAUCAAGAACUAGGUGAACCUAGUAGGCUAAUGAUGCAUCAUCAAUAUGGUUCUUUUCCCCACCAAACCAGUGAUUUGAACAUUGUAAACUAUGCAAGCAACAACAACAACACUUUUCAUGCUUAUGAACCCAACAAUGGUGUAUAUGCUAAUAUCAUGGUGCAGAAUGAGAAUCCCUCUGCUUUAUAUCAAAGUGCUUGGAAUGAUGUAGCGAAAAUAGCUUCACUGAUGCAGCAAAAUGGCCAAGGCAUUUGGGAAGGGGAUGCUAGUACUGAAUCUGAACAACAACACCAACCAAGCUUUGGAAAUCAGAAUCACCUAAAUCAAUUGCGUUUUGGGUGGACUAAUCCUAUUCCUCUGUGUUUCACAGACAAAAAGAUUGAUGUAGAUUCAAAUCCUCAAAGCUUGUCCUUAUCGCUCUCAUCAUCAUCAAAUGCUUGUGUUAAUUCUCAGUUUGAAGAAGGGUCUGUAUCUAGAGAUUGUGGGAAAUCACCACAAGACAUGGUUUCAAGGACUAGUUUUAGAAAUGUGGGUCCCCUUGGCCCUUUCACUGGCUAUGCUACUAUUCUCAAGAGUUCAAGGUUUUUGAAGACUUCUCAAGAUUUGUUAGAAGAGUUUUGUUAUUGUGUAUCUGGUAAGAAAUUGGCCAAAAGAUGUGAUCUUUCUGAGAGGGUUUCUGAGGAUGCUUGUGGUUCUACUUCUACUGAUGUUGUCACUGUCGCUGUCAAUCAAACUGGGGUUGCUUCGAAAGCUAGCAAUUCAGGUUCUUCAUCAUCUAUGUUUCAUGUUUCAAGUGAAAAUAGAGGUGCUGAUUGGGGGGCUGGAAGUACUAGCUGUGGUGUUUCUUCUCUGCUGGAUUAUCAACAGAAGAAAGCAAAGCUUCUGUACAUGCAAGAAGAGGUCACCAGGAGAUACAAACAGUACCAUCAACAAAUGCAAAUGGUUGUUUCAUCCUUUGAAUCUGUGGCAGGUCUAAGUUCAGCUACUCCUUACAUGUCAAUGGCUUUCAAGUCGGUUUCAAAACACUUCAGGUGCCUUAACAAUUCUAUCUCAGAUCAGGUCAAGCUUAUAAGCCAAGUCUUGGGAGAGGAUUUGACAAUACCCAACACAAGUGCUAGUAGUAAAAUUGACACUAAUAAUAUGGCAUUAAGGCUAAGGUGCAUGGACCAAAGCUUGCAAAAUAACAAAUCUAGCAGGGGCGCCAUAACCCUUCUUGAACAACAACUACAGCAUCAUCAUGUUUGGAGGCCCCAGAGAGGGUUACCGGAACGUGCAGUGGCGAUUCUUAGAGCGUGGUUGUUUGAGCAUUUUCUUCAUCCUUACCCCACAGACACUGAUAAACACAUGUUGGCUAUGCAAACAGGUCUUUCGCGAAACCAGGUAUCAAAUUGGUUCAUCAAUGCUCGUGUCCGCGUGUGGAAGCCAAUGGUUGAGGAAAUACACACACUUGAAACCAAAACAACAAGUGCCAAAGACAACACUAUUAAAAAUGAGGGAACUUGUGGCACUGAAAUUGGUAGUACCAGCAUGCAGCCUAUUGUCGAUAAGUCUCUGAGCAAGUUUGGCAUGCAUACAAUGCCUGAAAACCAAAUCCAGAGUAUGGAAAUGGGUUCAUCCAUAAAUGCUGAGGGAUUAAAUGCAGAACAAUGGAGUCAAGAGAAGCGGUCUAAAUUGGAAUACCAAAUGAGUUCAGGCAUGGAUGGCACUGUUAUGGGUUUAUUGCCAUGCAGAAAUGGUGGAAUUGAGGUUGGGGGACUCGGGUCCGUGUCACUGACAUUGGGCCUUAGGCAUGGCUUUGAAGGAAUGCAACACCAGCAUCAACAACUACAAGAGGAACAGCUUAGGCAUCACCUUGGAGGGCAAAUGAUACAUGACUUUGUAGGGUGAUUGAUUGAUUGACUAUCAUGCAUUGUAGAGCGAAUUUGAAUUUCUAGCCAUCAAAGAUUUCCUAUAGUCACACAAUCAUGCAAUCGAAGCCGGUUGAUUAAGA